GAAAACAACAACCUUCCGGUGGCCCUGUUGAAAAUUUUGAUAGGGUUGCCAUUUUCACCAAAUAUAAAAACACCCAAUACAGUUUUUAGGCCAUGCAGAACGCACAAUGAGUUUAUUUACGAGUGCUAAACAUCAGAGGAAAAGCCACUAGAGUUAAAAAAAUGGCAGACUCUGUAGUGAUGGGAAGCGGAUCUUUAAACUCCGGAAGCCGCUCGGGGAGCAGUAAGACUAGCACAAGUCCUACAGAGAACUAUCAGCUUGCUCGGAGACGCACGCUGCAGGUGGUGGUCAGCUCUCUGCUGACAGAGUGUGGCUUCGAGAACGCUGAGAAAGCAGCGAUGGAGACACUCACUGAGAUGAUGCAGAGCUAUAUAACUGAGGUUGGACGUUGUGCGAAGGCAACCUGUGAGCACACAGCUAGAAGCACCCCUACACUCUCUGAUGUGGUCAUCACAUUGGUCGAAAUGGGUUUUAAUGUGGAUACUCUUCCAGUGUAUGCCAAAAGAUCCCAAAGGAUGGUCAUAACUGCACCUCCAAUAACAAAUGCUCCACUCGUCCCAAAAGCCCUCAUAGCCGGACAGAAGCGCACUCAUCCAACAUACAUCCCCAGCCACUUCCCAGAAUUCCCAGAUCCUCAUACAUACAUCAAAACACCAACCUUUCGAGAGCCUGUGUCAGAUUAUCAGGUGGUGAGAGAAAAGGCGGCAUCACAGAGGAGAGAUGUGGAACGUGCGCUCACGCGCUUCAUGGCCAAGACAGGAGAGACGCAAAGCCUUUUUAAGGACGACAUCAGUGCAUUCCCUUUGAUCGCAGCAAAGCCAAGCGCCAUCCCUUACCUGAGUGCCCUGCUGCCCUCUGAACUAGAGCUUCAGACACUGGAGGAGACAGAUUCAUCCGAGCAGGACGACCAGACAGACACAGAGAACAACUCCAGUAACGUCAGUCAGGAUGACCAAAGUGCAGAUAAGGAGAAUGUAGUGCUGCCGCCUGGUGGAGUUGUGCCUACAGGGAAGGCCAAUGAGGAAAACAUGAUUGACAACCCAUAUCUUCGGCCAGUCAAAAAGCCCAAAGUGAGAAGGAAAAAAUGAAAAUUGAUAUAUUGACUCGGCUACUUCUACAUCAGCUGAUUAGGAUGGAUGAUGACUUCUUAGCACGUGCUAAUCACAUUGUGCCCCUUGAAGUUACAGCUAACAUACCAGGAACCAGAGUCUUCAACAAUUGCAAUUUGGAAACGCGCAGUGGUCCAUCAUGUUACUGAUGUUUGAUUCAUAUAGAAUGGCAGACUUUUCUGUAUAUCUGAAAAAUAUUAGAUGGAAUUCAAGCAGGCAACUUCUCUAAAGUGUAACAAAGCUUACAGUUGAUUUUUGGUAGUUUGUUUUGAUAAGCCUUCCCUUGAAAUAUCAUUUUGUUUUUACAGUUCUAAACAACACAUCAGAAACAUGACAUUCUCUUUUGAUUUGUGUGUAUUUGUUACUCAUUUGUGAGUGAUGGUAAUAAAUGUCUAUCAUUGUUUAUUUUAUGGCAUCGUUUCAAAAGGACAAGUUGAAAAUUAAACCAGAAUGUGGAAACGUCUCCAUUAUGAGC